UGUGGUCUGGCUGCAUGGGCCUACUAGUAAGCCACACUAUCUGACUUAAACCUUAUGAGAACUACUUCUACCCUAAGUAACUCGCUCAGCCUAUGUUAUGUUGCAGGAGCUCCAUGGAGAUGAAGCCUGUUGGCUUUAUUUUGGUCUGAAAUAUGCUUUGCUUCAGGUUGCCACGAGAAUCUCUCUGCUCCUGCAGAGCUGCAGCCUUGUAACUGGGUAACAUUGAGUGGCUGAGGCUGGGGCAGGUCUGAGUGCUUUGGUGGCUGAGGUGGCAUUGGCACGUGGCACUUGUCAGGGUGCGUACUUUUAAAUGACAGCAGCCUGUUCAUCCCUUCAUAAUUUGCAAUUUGCAUUUAAAAGCGAAGGGAUUUAAGUGUUGUUGUUUUUUUUCCUUGCAGUUGUGGUCCACAGCAGCAAUUAGCUGUCGUGAUGUUUGGCUCUGGUGGCUAAUUGUAAAUGUGAUUCUCGUGAGUGUGCAAGGAACCUACAGAACUGUAAUGUCUAACACUACACGGAAUAACAACUGUUGGAAGGCUGUGCUCAACUCUGCAAAACUAAGCAAAGAAGGGAAGCGCCUCCUGAUAAGGAUCAGCCUCUGUUAAGAAAUGCUGUGGUAGCUAAGGGGCAUUUCUAGGUGGGAGAGACACUGUGAAGCUCAGUGCAGGGCAAGGAGAGCUGAGGAAGGAGCCUUGCAUGUGAACCAGGAUGGACUGGCUGUGACGGUGUGCCUUAGCUGGAGGGGGAGAUACGAUGAAGAGUUCCUGCAGAGCUGGCCUCCACAGGGAACCAUUGAAUUCUGCAUCUUCUACUUUCCAUCAAGUCAAACGGUAUGAACAGACCAGCUGGUCUCCCUUUCUCCCUGUAGCUAAAUAUUUAGCACCUGUUUAGCCUUCCCCUUGCUUUCUUAUUGUCUUGUGUGUCACUUGGUUGGUCUCAACCCUUACUUUCCAAUAGUCUUUAACUGAAAUAUAAUGGCUUAAGGGCAGAAAUGUUCUUUGACGCUGCUAUUUGAUAAUGACAGCUACAGAUGGUACUGUACUUGGAGAAGCCUUUGAUGAUUAUAAUUUUUUUUUUAGUAACAGCUGUAAAUUAAUUUGGGAAUAUGGCUUUGAAGUGUAUUGGAGAGUGGCUCAUCGUAGUAGGCUUUAAAACAUGCGGUCAGCUUACAGCAAGUGGAAAUGCUGGCAAUCAUUGUUGUGGUUUGUCUUACUAUGGAGUAAGUAACUGGAAUGGCUUAAUCUUAAGUUUUUGUAUUGCCACCUUCUCCUGUGUCUCUUCCUAAGAAGAAAUGCAUGACUGAUUUCAAACACUUGCGCUUAUGCGACAAUUAAGUGAACGCCUCUCACUGUGUCUUGUUAUAGGAACGCCGUACAGAACAAGUUGUCCUUAUGCAAAUGAAAGAACAUGCCAGUUUGGAAAUACAAUACAAUAAAAUACAAUACAUAUCUCUUUUGAAACCAAGACUCUUAAACUUCCUCUAUCUGGAGGAAGAGAGGCAGCUUUCUCAUUUCCACAAUUCAUGUGGGUUUAAAGUGAACUUUAACCUUUGUUCCUUGUGGUUAUGUAGGCAACGCAUACUUGCUAUGUUAGUCUCAUAGUAAUUUAGGGCUGGAAGGGACUCUGUUGGUUACCCAGCUCCUUGCUUUCCCAAGGAGCAUCUCAUAAUCCUUUUGGUAAACCUGUAAUUGUUUUUAGGCUGGAAUUCUGUCUUUUCUUCUCCCAUAGAUUAAACCGUAAUUGAAGGUGACAGCUCUAACUGUGCAAUUAGGAGCAAUUUUGAUCUGCAGAAUGAAUGUUCAUGCCAGCUUAUAUAUGUUAAUUUGAGCUGGUGAUGUUAUGUAUUUUGCCUAAGGACCACCCCUUGUUUUCAGUUUUACCUCUUUUACUGUGUUCUGUAAACUUCAGCUAUAUGCUCUCACCUAUGUUUUGCUGUGUCCAAUGGCCCCUGUGUCUCCUAGUAGCUUCUUGAAUAGUGACUGUUCUUAGUCUGGGUGAAUCUCCUCUGAGCCAUGACUGUGCUGACUCCUAAGGGAGACCUUAUAGGAGGACUUUUCCAUAUCACAGGUCUGCCUUCAUUUGCCUCCAUGUCAAGGAUGUGUCUAUUUGUAGCACCUUUUUUUGGUUAACUGAAACUGUGCUUCUUGGUAUUCAGCCUUCUGUGUCCACAUCUGUACUUCAAAAUUCUGCUCUGUUUCUAUUACCAGGUGCUUUGUGCCUCAUCCAUACUUUGGAUACAUACAUGUCUUUGGUUUUGAGGUUGGUGUUUUAGUGUUCAUCACCUGGGGCUCUCUGCUCUUAAUACAGCUUCUUUGUGCCUUUGAACAAUCCUUUGUCAGUCUGUCUUACCCACUAGAUUCCUUGUGCCUCCUGAAGACCAUAUGAGUAAACCACAUUUCAGACUGUUUCUUCAAGAAAGCUCUUCUUUUGAAAACCUUCACAUUAUCUGGUAUAUUGUAUUAUUUCUUUUUCCUAUUUCCCCACAUCUUUGUAAUCUUCUUUUCUUUCAAAGCACUGUUUUACAUCAAAGUGAUACCGGCAGGCCUGGGGAUGCCACAGCCCUUCUCCAAUGCAGCACUAUCUAUCUGGGAUGUUUGCUCUGCCAUCAUCUUUGUGCUGAAUGCUUUUGGAGCAGCUGAUGACUCUGACUACCAGGUCUUUCGGUUGUUGUUUUCCCUCUUUUUGUCAUCCCUGUGUCAUCUGUGGCGUGAUUGAAAAGUAGGGAAGAGAUCUGAGCUUCCUGAGGCUUCAAUGAAUAAUUGAUUGUACGUCAUUUGACCUGAAAUAGCAGUGAGCAGCUGAACCAACUUUGCUGGCUAAACGUGUCCUCCGAGCCUGCUGGGGUACUGCUGUGAGCAGCUACCGCAGCUUUUCUCCUGAAAGCACCUCCAAAAUGCCCUUCUGAGUGGGGAAGAGGGAGGACUGCAGGCAUGCUUCUCUGCUGCCAUUCACCUGCUUCUUGAUUCUGGCCUGUACACUGACCCAGGGUUUCUGGUAUGCACUUAAAGCCAUAUCUCAAGUUACAGAGGAAAGAGCGAUCAGAAAUAAGCCAGGACUCUCUGAGAGGCCCACCUAUGAGCCAGAGGUCAACACAAGACAAAUACACCAACAACUGCACCAAACUGAGAGUUUUCCCCAAACCCCCCCUUGUGACUCCAUCUCGAAAGCUUCUAGGAAUUAUUUAUCCAAAUACUAUGUGCAAUAUGAGCGGGAAAGGUCCGGCAGAUGGUCUUAGUGCCAGGGAGAAGAAGAACGUCCUGUCAGCAACGAUCCAUCAGGGAGAAGAAGGGGAAGGGCCUCUGGAUGUGUGGGCUGUGGUGAAGCCUGGCAAUACGAAGGAGAAGAUCGCUUUCUUCGCAGCCCAGCAGUGCAGUGGCAGCAACCGGCUGGGCUCCAUGAAGCUGAAAAGCACAUGGGAUAUCGAUGGGAGAACAGUGAAACGGCGGAAAAAAACGGUGGAUCUGAAAAAAGCCAAGAUCCAAUUGGAAAGAAUGAGGGAGGUGAAUGCUAGGUGCUCCCAGCCGGAGCCUUUCGCGUGCGGCAUCGAGCAUUGCUCCGUGCAUUAUGUGAAUGACAGUGGGGAGGGUGUGUUCCCAGGCCGGUCCCUCUCCGUGAUAGAGAUGGUUGCAUUUCUAGAGCAGCGAGCAAGUGCUUUACUGGUAGACUGUGCUAAAACUUGCACAUCCGCCUCCACCGCGAGGCUGAGCGCUCCGUCUAAAGGUGCUCUUCCCAGCUCUGACCCUUUCUCCGCUGCUGGGCCGUGUGAGGUGCAUGAGAGGGGAGGCUGUGGCAGCAGCGAGCAGCAGCAGAGUGAGCCGGUGCGUGUCCUGGACAUGGUGGCCAAGCUGGAGUCGGAGUGUCUGCGGCGGCAGAGCGAGCGGGACGGCGGCAGCCUCUCACGUAACAACAGCUUCCGCAGGAACGUGGGGCGGGUGCUCCUGGCCAGCAGCACGCAGCACGGUGCUGAGCCUGGCAGAGCCUCUGUGGGCAGCGUGGGCCGGGGUGAGGAGCUGGGGGCAGCGGGGGCUGGCUGUGGGGUGAGGUGUGGGGAUGCUGGGCUGUGGGAUGGCGCUGCCUCUGCUCCGCAGCCGUUCCCUCCCGGGUUGGAGGCUCACGUGGGGAAUGCGGGUUCAGGACUUGCUCACGCUGUGUUGGCCAUUGCGGCUGGAAGGGGAGAUGCUGAAAGGCGGGUUGAGCCUCCCAGAGCUCUGCCAGCCCUGUGUCCGGCUGUAGCCGGGGUGCCGGUGGAUUCCUUACCGAGCAAGAGCGCGACUGUUGAUUGUACAUCGAAAGAAGCUGUGAUCCUCUCGAAGCAGAGCCUGCAUCCUGCUAGGAAGGAGCCCUUGUGCAUCAGUAUAUCGGUCACCAAGACCGAGAAGGGGUGCCAGAAAGAGAAGCUCCCUCCCUCCAGUUUGAGUGAAGACCCCCUCCCGGGGAGGUUGUUUUUUCUCCAGGCUGAGCAGAAUGCCACCCACGCACCACAGCCACUGCGGGAGCGUACCCAAGAGAAGCCAGGAGAAGGAGUGCAGAACGAGGAUGAGGAUGCUUUGGAAUCUGACAAAUCGUGUGUCAGGACCAACGUCACUCCUGAGCCAUCAGCCCUUUCUGUUCCCCCUCCAGAAGGUGCUUUGCAAGUCCUCGAUGCUUCCUGCUUGAAACGGCAGGUGUCGCAUGACUUUUUGGAGACCAGGUUUAAAAUCCAGCAGCUUCUGGAGCCUCAGCAGUAUAUGGCUUUCCUGCCUCACCACAUCAUAGUGAAGAUCUUCGGCUUGCUCCCUACGAGGAGCCUGGUGGCCCUAAAAUGUACUUGCUACUACUUCAAGUUCAUCAUCGAGUACUACAACAUCAGGCCGGCAGACUCGCGUUGGGUCCGUGACCCCCGUUACCGAGAAGACCCCUGCAAGCAAUGCAAGAAGAAGUACGUGAAGGGGGACGUGUCGCUGUGCCGCUGGCACCCCAAACCUUACUGCCAAGCUUUACCCUAUGGGCCUGGGUACUGGAUGUGCUGUCACAGGUCCCAGAAGGGCAUCCCGGGCUGUAAGUUGGGUCUCCAUGACAAUCAUUGGGUUCCUGCCUGCCACAGCUUUAACCGUGCUCUCCAUAAGAAGACCAGAGGAGCGGGAGCCGAAGGAGAAGAGGAAUAUUAGUGCACAUACACUUUCCUGUGAGAUGGUUUGAGGUAGGAGGAGAUUCUCAUGCCUUGUGCUGUUUACAGUGUAUAUAAUUGUCGUGUUUUUCACAGGGCUAUGAAACUGCACAUACUUCAACACAAGAGCCUUUACCUUUUAGGAUAAAGAAAGCUUUUAGUCCAUCUAUGUAAAUAACACUAUAAAAACUAAUUGUACAUACAGAGUCUACAGCUGGCUGAACAACGUAAUCACUACAAUGCAGCUACCAUAGUGUUGCAGCUAUAGUUGUGUGUGUUUUUAAGUGUCAUGUUUCAAAAUCUGUAUAUCCUGUAUAAUAUAUGAAUGUUUCUGCGAAGAAACUCUAAAUAGGUAAAGGCCAACUUGGUUAAAGAAUCUUCAAACAACUUAACUGGACAACCUUAAAACUAGACUAGAACAGAACAUGACUGUAGUGUUGGCAUUGGAGAAAAAAAAAAAAGAAUAUUAUUGUAUAGUCAGAGUAUAAAAAAGUUCUUGCCUACUUUA